ACUCACCCGGAAACAAUGUCGUUGUACUUCCGUGUUAAAUUUACUUGUACUGCAAUAACUGUAACUGUACUGAUAUUCUUAGCUACAGGGAGCCAGUCAGUUAGUUAGACAAUAAUGCCGGGAGCAGACAAAGAGACCGACCUGUCGGAGAGAAUUGAAGCCUUUCUGUCCGACCUGAAGCGCGGGGGCAGCGGGACGGGACCGCUGCGAGGCUCGGCAGAAACCGCCCGGGAGACGACAGCCCUGCUCCGCAGAGUCACUGCCCAGGCACGAUGGAGCAGCGCAGGCGAUUUGAUGGAAAUAAUCCGGAAGGAGGGGAGGAGGAUGACUGCCGCCCAGCCCUCAGAGACCACUGUGGGGAACAUGAUCAGACGAGUGCUGAAGAUCAUCAGAGAGGAGUAUGCCAGGUCCCGAGGGAGCAGUGAAGAGACAGACCAGCAGGAGUCCCUCCACAAGCUGCUGACCUCAGGAGGACUCAGUGAGGAGAACUUCAGACAACAUUUUGCCCCCCUCAAAGCCAAUGUCAUAGAGGCUAUCAAUGAGCUGCUGACAGAGCUAGAGGGAACCACAGACAACAUCGCCAUGCAGGCCUUGGAGCACAUUCACUCUAAUGAAGUCAUCAUGACCAUCGGCCGCUCUCGCACUGUCGAGGCCUUUCUCAAAGACGCUGCACGCAAACGCAAGUUCCAUGUCAUCGUGGCCGAGUGUGCCCCCUUCUGCCAGGGACAUGAAAUGGCCACCAGUCUCUCCAAGGCUGGUAUUGAAACAACUGUGAUCACAGAUGCAGCUAUAUUUGCAGUGAUGUCCCGUGUUAAUAAGGUCAUCAUUGGUACACAGACUGUUCUAGCAAAUGGAGGACUGAGGGCCGUCAACGGAACACACACUCUAGCACUCGCAGCCAAGCAUCACUCAACACCCCUCAUUGUGUGUGCUCCCAUGUUCAAGCUCUCCCCUCAGUUCCCAAAUGAAGAAGACACCUUCCAUAAGUUUGUCUCUCCACACGAGGUGCUCCCAUUCACUGAAGGUGAGAUUCUUUCAAAGGUGAACGUGCACUGUCCAGUGUUUGACUAUGUUCCACCUGAGCUCAUCACGCUUUUCAUCUCGAAUAUUGGAGGACAUGCACCCUCGUAUAUCUACCGCCUGAUGAGUGAGCUUUACCACCCUGAAGACCACGAGCUGUAACCAGUCUGUAGAAUAAACACAUUUCAAAAUACA